CUAGUGGAUCUUAAAGAGUCAGACAGUAGGUUAGUGUGUCCGGGUAGGUCUAAGUGGUGAGGAGUGGGACAUUGUCGUGCACCUAACACCACGAUGGACGACCAUCCGAUGUAUGGGUUGCUCGUUGGGUUCUCCCUCUGGAAGGCCCUCUGGCGUCUCCUCUUUCCUCUAGGGUUCUGGCACACCUUCUCGUGUAGAGUAGAUACCCGGGGUGGUGCCUCCACCAAGCCAUACACGAAGGAGGAGGAGGAGAAGAUGGCCGCCAUCUUGCAGGAGAGGAAGGAGAAGAAGGAGGCCAAGAAGAAGGCCUUGAAGGAGGAGCAGGCGGCCAAAUUGAAGAAGAUAGAAGAAGAGAUGGCCAAAGAGAAGGAGAGGAUACAGAAAGAAGAGGAAAGGAAGUUGAAAGAGGUAGAAGAGGAGGAAGAAGAUGAAACGCCGCUGCAGAGGAAGAAGGAGCAAUACAGUGGCAGUAGGGAUGAGGAGAUGGAGAAGCAGAUCUCAAAGUCUGACUUUACGAAGACAGCCAUGCCAAGAGGAGGGAAGGGGACACGGCCGCCUCAAAGGCCGUUGGGCGCAUCAGGGGGAUAUGAACGGCAUGGGCCUCGUCAUCGAGAGAGCACUCUAGAGUACGACGGUGGUGAUAUCGAGCUAUUCCUAGACAACUUUUGGGAGCAUGCUCGGCGUAUGGGUUGGACUGUGACCCAGGGGAUUGAGAGGCUGAGGGGAGUCGGCAGAUUCGAGGGUGGUUUGAGGAGGUCGCUAGCACACACACAGGAGGAGCCGCCAGCAUUUGAGGGGCCCUUGAGGGAGUUGGAGUCGCAUUUGGAUAUCUCUCAGUGGAGGGCGUCGCCUCGGGGUGAGGAGCAUGGAGAGCAGGAAGAGGAGGUACCACGAGAGGAGGUACCACGAGAGGAGGUGCCACGAGAGGAGGUCCAGGAUACUUGGCGAGAGAGAGGGCUGGGCGAUGAGGGGAGACGUGAAGGGAAGGAAGUGAUAGAGGUUGGAGAGGGCACGCCCCCACAGACGCCAGCGAUGGGUUUGAGACUCGGGGAUGCACCAGGGAGCACUUACCAGGCAGGGGAGAGGUUGCAGAGAGAGGAGACCUUCAUCAGAAAAGGCCCCUUCGCCAGAAGGGAGAGCAGAAAGGAGGAGAGAAAGGGCAGCUCAGAGCCUCGCCAGGGGCCACCUAUGGGGAGGGUUUUCCUAGAGCCAGAGGAGGCGAGAGCCCAGAGACAGGCGGAGAGAAAGGCAUUCGAGUUCAGAGCCCCUACCGAGGUCGCGACGCUACCAGUGGCGGCGGCGGGCCCAGUCGUACCUUUGCCAGUAGAGGAGGGGCGGCCACCAUCUAGCAGUGAGCCGGCUCAAGGCUCAGCAGGGGGAUUCAUGAGUGUGCUCCUUGAGGCGGUGCAUACUAUGCAGGAAGAGGUGAGUUUGUUUUCACCCGAGCAGAGUAUAGAGGAGCCUCUUGAGAGAGAGAUGGAGAUUGAGGCGGAGGGUGCCAUCGAGGGCGGGCUCCAGAGGUUGGGCACACCUGAGUAUGGACCAGAGGAGAUUGAGGAGCAGCCCAUGGCAGUGCCAGGAAAGACUCUCGAGAGGAGACCUCAGAGGUUGGACACACCUGAGUACGUUCCUGCGACAGGGGAUUUGAGGAGCAGACUGGGAUCUUGGGCUACUGGAUCUGGGUUUGGGGGACCGACUCCUGGGAUGGAGAAGCAGGAGGUUGUUAGUACCACAACCCCUCGAUCAGAGCAGGAGGGAAUGGUCAGUACCUUGGUAGAAUCUCCUUCAUCGCCACCUCCUCAGUCCAGGAAGAAGAAGUUCAAGAGGAAGGUUGAUCAGCUAUGCUUCUACUACAAGAGGGGCAUGCAUCUGGCUCUGGACUGUCUCGAGUUCCUUGAAGAUAAGGCAUGAGGGAAGGUCUCCGAGGCAGGGGGUAAGAUGUAUGAUAGACAGGGUAGGAUAGUAGAGAAGUCCGCAGAUGGACUUAGGGCUCAGUUAUAUAGGCAAAACCAGGAGGAGUUGAGGAGGUAAGGUCGGUUUGUCUAUGUAAUUGGACGAGUAUCUUGUGAGGCAUCAGCUUAGGUUCU